UUGGCUCGUUGGUGUCUCCGUUGCAAUAUUCCCGCAACAAACAAUUAUUGAAGUCUGUAGUACCACGACUGGACUUUUUCUCUGAGAAAAUGCCGAAACGAGCUUGUCCUUUUCCGGAAACCUUCUCCUCCCAAUACAAAAUACAUGUCGGUCAACAGGAGCUGAAUAAUUAUGGCGUGUUUGGGAACAUAUAUAGGCAAGAAAUCUACGCAAAGACGAAGAACUUGCUCUUCAGCGGCGCCAAGGCUGUGAUGGGCAAACUAUGGACUGGAGAGGAGAGCUGCACCGACCCGCAGCCCACUGGACAAGCGGAGACACCUGCAUGCAGCCAGACACUGCUGAGAGGACAGACACUGAUUGGACAUGAUGGGAGACUGACAAGAGCAGACGCUGCACAAGGUGUACCAGUGGCUUCUACAGGCUGCUGUGUGUGUCAAAAGAGCCAGGGGUCCCGGACACCGUGCUCCCAAUGUGACCGUCUCGCCUGUUCCUCCUGUACCCGACAGUGCUCCAGCUGCUCCGGCCUUUGCUGCUCUGUCUGCACCAUCAUAGAUUACAGCGGGCAGUACGAUGAAGUGCUGUGCUGCAGUUGCUCGACGUAAAGGAAGGCCAACGGCGGGAUCGAGAGAUUAUGCAUGAAUAUAUAUCUAUUUGCCUCGUAUGAUAUUUCUAAGAUGGCGUUUUAUAUCUGUGAUUUUCUUUUUAUGUGAUCCAAAUGAUUUUGUGUGUGUAUAUAUGUAUUGUAUCCCAAAAGUAAUUGAAAUAAACUUGAAAGACUUUUCUAUACAGUUAAA